CCGCCGCGCUCGGGGAGCCCCUGCGGCCACUCCGGCGAACGAGUCCGGCCGUCAUCGUUGUCGCCUCCAACGACGCCCGACCCCGGUCCGUAUCGGCAACACCCCCGCAGCCGUACAUCGCCAUGUACGGGUUCGUGAACCACGCCUUGGAGCUGCUGGUCCUGAGAAAGUUUGGCGCCGAAACAUGGGAACAGAUCAAACGGGAAGCCGAGAUCGAGAUGGAGGGCCAGUUCCUGGUUCGACUUGUGUACGACGACGAGAUCACCUACAGCCUCGUACUGGCGGCUGAGAAGGUCCUCGGCAUACCGGCUGACGAGAUCCUGGAGAUGUUCGGGCGCAUGUUCUUCGACUUCUGCCAGGAGUCCGGCUACGACAAGAUCCUGCAGGUGCUGGGCGCCACGCCCAGGGACUUCCUGCAGAACCUGGACGCCCUGCACGACCACCUGGCCACCAUCUACCCGGGCAUGCGCGCCCCUUCCUUCCGCUGCACAGAGAGGCCCGGCGACGGGGCGCUGCUUCUGCACUACUACUCCGAGCGGGAAGGGCUCGAGCCCAUCGUCAUCGGCAUCGUCAAGGCCGUGGCGAGCAAGCUGCACCACACCGAGGUGCAAGUGGAGCAGCUCCAGGGCAAGGAGGACGGGCUGGACCACGUGCAGUUCGCCAUCCGGGAGACGGGUCAGCGCCCGCGCACGCCGGAGCCCGAGCUCGAGGACUUCCUGGACGCCGAGUCGCUGCAGGAAAAGAAGAUCAGUCCGGCCACGUUCUGCCGCGCCUUUCCCUUCCACGUCAUGUUCGACCGGAACCUGAACGUCGUGCAGGCCGGUACCUCGGUCACUCGAGUGCUGCCCACUCUCGCACAGGAGAACAGCCGCAUCUCGGACUUCAUGGAGCUUGUGCGACCCCACAUGGAGCUGACCUUCGACAACAUCCUGGCGCACAUCAACACGGUGUACGUGCUUCGCACGCGCGCCGCAGCGGGCCAGUCCGGCGAGCGCGCCACGCGCAUGCGCCUCAAGGGCCAGAUGCUGUACGUGCCGGAGACCGAGCUCAUGCUGUUCCUGUGCUCUCCGAGCGUCCUCAACCUGGACGACUUGAACCGGAGGGGCCUCUACCUCAGCGACAUACCGCUGCACGACGCCACGCGAGACCUGGUGCUCCUCUCCGAGCAGUUCGAGGCCGAGUACAAGCUGACCAAGAACCUCGAGAUACUCACCGACAAGCUCCAGCAGACGUACCGGGAGCUCGAGGACGAGAAGAAAAAGACCGACAGGCUCCUGUACUCCAUCCUGCCGCCGUCGGUCGCCAACGAGCUCCGCCACCACCGGCCCGUGGCUGCCAAAAAGUACGACUGCGUCACCAUCCUCUUCAGCGGCAUUGUCGGCUUCAGCGCGUACUGCGCCCAGCACUCGGACUCCAAGGGGGCCAUGAAGAUAGUCAAGCUCCUCAACGACAUUUACACAACCUUCGACGUCCUCACCGAUCCCAAGAAGAACCCGAACGUGUACAAGGUUGAGACCAUCGGUGACAAGUACAUGGCAGUGAGCGGUCUGCCAGAGCCCUGCGAGAGUCACGCGCGAUGCAUCGGCCGCCUGGCGCUCGACAUCAUGGACCUUUGCAAGCAGGUCAAGAUGAACGACGACCAGAGCGUGCAAGUCACGAUCGGCAUCCACUCCGGGGAGGUGGUGACUGGAGUCAUCGGGAAGCGGAUGCCGCGCUACUGCCUCUUCGGCAACACCGUCAACCUGACCAGCCGGACGGAGACCACGGGAGAAAAGGGGCGCAUCAACGUCUCCGAAGACGCAUACCGGUGUCUGCAGCAACCACAGAACGAGGACCCGACGUUCAAGUUCGAUUACCGGGGACCCGUCACGAUGAAGGGCAAGAAGGAACCAAUGAAAGUCUGGUUUCUCUCCAGGAACCUCGACGCCAAGGCAGCCGCGUAACGCCGUGGGACCACACGUGGGACCACGCAUGCAUCUGGAGAACGACUCUCUCAUCGCGCCGCCACAACAAACAUCGCGCCAUGUGUCUCCCGAAGUGACUGUUGCGAAGCGAACAACUAUUACUGCGACCGACCAAUUCUCCCUCUGUUGUAUGUUUGCAGCUGUAGAUUCGAUAUGUGCGCCGCGCCCGAGCUCCUUUUAUUCAAGUGCUGCCUUUUUACGUGGCGUAUUACCAGCACAAAUAAUGGACACGGAACACAAUGCAUAUAUAAGACUCGUCAGUUAUGUUAUGUUUCGCGUCCGUAAUUGGCGCUGGUAAUGAUGUGUUACGUAAUUCGAGCGAGUGUAACUAUAGCCCCAGCUUUGUGCGCUUAGUCCAGAGCUGCAUUCGUUGUUGUUGGUCAGUGUUCUGGCAAAGAGCUUGUCUUUUGUAUGUGUCACAUCGAUGGAAUACCGUCUCGGCGAAAGCACAUUUCUUGGCCCAUGUGAAAUCUUCAGAUUCUUGCUUUUAUUUUGUACUCUAAGUCGGCUUGCACACGACUGAUAUAGUUUACCGAAUAUAUUUUUCUCUUUUGUUACCCGCCCUUAAUAUCAUUUCCCUACCCGUCGCAUCAACUAAAGGCUCUAUGCGAUUUUCUUUGGUAAAGGACGGCAAGGCAGCUGUCUGGCUUUCGCAGUUUGACCGGUUGCAACGACAGCAAUAUACUCGCGAAAAAUGAGUUUAUGUGUUGUUCACCUAUAAAAAUAACCAACAGUCCCGUCCUGCUGAUGCAUCCGACCAAUACAGUUCGUGAAUUGCGAUGUGUUAUUUCUGUGAUGUGUGCAAACUCACAAUGCAGUUUUAUUUUAAAUGCUCUUGCAUCCAUAAUGGUGGCAUAUAAAAGUCUGAAAUCACGAUCUUGUCUUUAAAGGAGAGAGAGAGAACGGGCGUCAAUGUGCCAUUUUUUGUAAUAAUUGUUACAAAAAAAAAAAAAGAACGAAAAAAAAAAUGUGUCCGCAGGGGACGAUCAUUUGUUGUAAAGGGAGGUUCGUCUUCUAUCCGUUUGAACGGCGAAGGCAUGCAUACGUUUUGUAUUAGAAACGAAUAUAACGGAUUACUUUUGCUAGUUUUGAACAGCUCUCUGAGAUAGUCAGCGCACGGGAGAAUAACUGACAUUCUGAUGACAUUGUUUUACUCCUGAAGCAUUGACUUAGUUGGAUGAUAAUGUACUUAAGCAUACACAAGCAGGACACAAAAGCCUGCAGUUAUUGAUCAUAUCUCUACUCGAUCUAAAUUUAUGCGGAACAAGACGGAAUAUUAAUAAAAGGCUGAUCACGCAGAGUACAGUUUGAUCACAUGUGCGCAAUAUAUAUAACAACAGUCUUUAAAAAAUCGCGUCCGGAGCGCGUUUUAAGUACCCCACUGUAUGAGAUAAAUGGUCGACACUUAAACUGGACACAUGACGGCUGCUGCUUAAAUUUAAAGGCAUCUGUUCACGCAUUGUUUUCUUGUAAAAAAAUUUUGAGGUUCGGUGUACCUCAUUCUGCUAUGCUGGUGUGGAUUCUCUGACUAUCUUCUUUGGCGAAGGGAAAACAGAUCAGCACUGCGGUAGACUGCGAAUUCGUUUAACACUUUCUCAAUGGGCUGUUACGGCAGUUUGUAGCUCGAGAUUUAUUGGCAAAGAUUGACGGAUGCUUGUUAAGCGCCACUAUCGCACAUUGAAGUCAUCUGCAGCGAAACAAUACAAGAUACGUAACAAUUCUUUUUUUUUUUUUUUGCGGAAUUUCGGACCACUGGAAACGUCAAAGCGUAAUUAUUGGCUUCUCAUUGGUUUGCUUGCUUUUUCUUUUUCCUCUUUUUUUUUGUGUGUAUUUGCUGAAUCUGCUGAAAUAAAAGUGGCAAGCCGCCAUGUUAUCCUCGUCGUUGGAAGUUGAAAGAACCACGCGAACCGUCGUGACAAAAGUUGAUAAUAUCGGCCACUUACGACACGCUCCAUACAGGUGACCUGCGGACUGGACCUUCUUAGUGUACAUAGACGUACUUCAGAAAAAAAAAAAAAAAAAAAAAAAGCCUUCUUGUGCUAUUCUCUACGUUUUGUGCUGCUGGCAUUUUGUUUUAUUUACUGCACUCGCACGUCGCGUAUCCAGUCUAACCAACAUUAGCAGAUUUUACAAAAAGGAAACGCCCGACUUCCUCCGUCUGCACAUUCAUUUUGUAAGAUUACUGCACAGCCACUCAGAACUGUACAUACACUGGAAUGACAAGAAAAUAAAAUGUUGCUGAACUAA